AUGGAACCAGAAAAGGAUAUACGAAUCACCCUGAUAGGCGCUGGCACCAUCGGCCUCUCCUUCGCGGUCUUCCAUCUCUCACACCUCCCCGCACCAUCCCACCUUGCAGUCUAUGACACCCGUGCGAACGCAGACCAAUACAUCCGCGACAGUCUCCCAAAGUUUUUCAGCAAAGACUCCACUUCACUAUCAAGAUCCGACGUCAGAAUCGCAACCUCCCUCCAUGAUGCUGUCUCCAACGCAGACAUCAUCCAAGAAUCCGGGCCCGAAAAUCUCCAGAUAAAGCAAGACCUAUGGGCCGAAGUCGAAAAGCACGCUAGCAAAGAUGCUCUCCUAUGGAGCAGUACAAGCGGUAUCCCCGCCUCACAGCAAGCGCAGAAGAUGCAAGACAAGACACGCCUUCUCGUCGUCCACCCUUACAAUCCCCCGCAUAUCAUGCCACUCCUUGAGCUUGUCCCGUCCCCUUCCACGUCUGAGGCUGUGAUACAACGCACGCAGAACUUCUGGCGAGCUCGGAAUCGCGUGCCUAUUCACAUCCACCAGGAGACUACGGGUUUCGUGGCCAAUCGACUGGCCUUUGCGCUUUUGAGGGAAGCAAUCCACCUCGUUGAUGUGGGCGUCGUGUCUGUAGCCGAACUCGAUAAGAUCGUUGAGACUUCAAUGGGCCCCAGGUGGGCGGUUGCAGGGCCUUUCAAGAGCUACCACGCGGGCGGUGGACCAGCGGGGUUGGAAGGCUUCUUUAACAACAUCGGAGAAACAGUACAGGGAUGCUGGAACGAUGCUGGAAAAGUUAACGUUGGGGAUGGAUGGGAAGACAAAGUGUUUGCGCAGGCUAGAGAGGUUUAUGGUACGGUAGACGUUGCGGAGAGGGAUAGAAUCACACGCAGAUUGUUGGAUGUGCUUGAGGAGGAAAAGGGGGAGAAAACACAGUCAGAUGGACCAUCAAAGUCGUGA